AGUAAAGCAGCUCACUACCGCCAGAAAGGGCUGGAUGACUACAUAAACGAAACACUUGACUACAUUAUAAUUACACUUUGUACUGCCGCUAAUUGCACUUGUUCUUCCCUCUACUUUCUGUUUGGAAGGGGCUCUCCCAUCGCUAAGAGAAUCGACAAAUCAGAGUCCACCUAUUUUAAUGGAAGCACUUCAUACGUGCCUUACUUUUCACCUUAUUAUGCCCUUCCUCCCUUGUAAAGUGUAUCGCUGCACUGUGCUACUACAAUGCUAGUUCAACAGUACAACAGACUCUUGGGAAUCCUUCAACAAUCUCACGGUGUUGGAGUUCCUGAGAUCACUGAGGAUCAGUUCUUCGAGGACUUUUCUUGCAUUAACCAGAUUCAAGCGAAAAAGAGAGGACAAAUCAAUAAAGAGGUUUAUAGUCGGAAACGAGGUUUGUGUCUGCCAAGUGCUGCCACUGCUGAGAUAUCAUGCCUGAAAGUUUCCAAUGUCGAAGUCGAGAAAGACAAGCUGUUCAAGCAGCUGGUAAAGAUUGCAAUACAUAGAUCAUGUAAAUAUGGUGGAUUAGAGAAUGAGGAAUUCUACUCCAAACAGAUAUUCAAAAAGACGGACGAGGAUUACUACAUGUUUGCUGAGCUCGUCAAGAGUGAAAACAUGAUUAAACAUGUUCUCGAUAUAUCCUUGGUCGAAGCAAGGCACCUUAUUGGAAAGGAUAUCGAAGGUACAAGUGAUCCGUACGCCACGAUACACAUCAUGUCAACAAAGAAAGGGAAAGACAAAGAUGCAGACAACGAUAAUUUCAAUGUAACCAAGGUUGAAUUCGCUACCCUCAACCCCAAAUGGAAUGAAAGCUUCACAAUGAGCCUAUCCGGCUCAAAAGCCGACUUUAAAGACGAAGAAGUGGUGGUCAUGUUGUGGGACCAUGACGAGGAACAGUCAGCUCGGGCCGCCGUCAAGGAACUGUCCAAGAUAAAGUCCGUAGGAGGACUAGGCAGGUACAUCACACAGUUGGCUCAAACUGCGGUCAGCAACAAAAACGCGCACGACUUUCUGGGAAUGGUUACUGUUCCAAUAAAGUCGAUCCCAACAAAUGGCCUCGACGAGUGGUUUCCUUUACAACAGAGAACUAGCAAAAGUAAAGUAUCGGGGGAAAUUUUACUGAAGUUAAUCGUCAAUUCUGUCGACGCGGGAGUUCAAGAAGAAAGAAGCAAGCUGUUCGCACUACACAAACAACUCUUCACCUUUUUACUGGCGCACGAGGGAAAGCGACAACAUCAGGGUGCCAUCCACAUGUGGGGCUUUAGACUGCCCAGGGAAUCAGAGAUAAUCCUGGAGAUGCACCAGCACUUCGCUGGGCUCACCCUGGAGCACACAACCAUUGCUAAAUGGCAAGCUCAGUGUACCCACUAUAUUGAGAUUGGUGGUAGCGAGGAGGUCUUGAUUGAGACAAUGAACGAGCUUAUUGAGUGUCCUGAUUCUAUUCUAACUACUGAAGAGGCGGAUGAGCUGUUGCUCACUCUCAACUCGUUUGGUAACUACGUCCGUUUCCUCCUCUCAGAACUGCCCUUUGUUUGCUCACCCCACAAGAAGACCGAUAUCAAGACCUUAUCAGACCUUGUCAGUGGGUAUCUAAUGUUGUUCAAGAUGGAUCUGUGGAACCCGAGACAGGUUACUGAGGAGACGGAUGUCAGCAAGUUGUUGCAAACAGCUGCUACUGACCUCUACGCCAAAGUAAAGGCAGCCGACAAUUCCAACCACCAAGACAUGAAGUCCCAACUGGAAAGCAUGAUACGAACGGUUAUCAGGCUGCACUGCGAGAUUGAGUCAUUCUCCAACGAAUACAGAGUCAUCUUUAAACCUUGUAAUUUUGAUGUACAGCUCAUUGUUUACGAGACAGUCAUAUCGCUGCUUAUAGAAGAUGUGAAGAAAGUAAUGAUGGCUGUGAACAAAUCGUGGAGCAAGGUUCUCCCCGACGCCAGCAGCGUUCUCAUCUCUACCUUCGUUCUCUACAACUCCAUCAACCAGCUGGUUCAAGCUAGUGAUCCCACUAACGACAAAGCGGCGAGACUUCAGCACAUCUUCCAGAACUACUUUGCAGAGCUGAUGAGAAAGUGGACCCAUAUCGUCCAGAACAAGCUGAACUCUCAUGCUGAAAAGCUUGUCAUUAUGGAGAAGAUACAAUCUGACUCAACGAUAGACGAUUCUAGUCUCAGUGCUAGGGAGAUAAUGCGGGCAGUUAAGAAUAUUUCCAAGUGCUGGCUGGAUAUCAACGCUCCUAUAUGCAGUCAGAACGGGCCCAUAUUCCAGAGUCUAGUGUCGAUGCUGUGUACCCAUAUUCACAGUUUUACUUCUCAACUGGUCAGCCUGGUGGUGGAGAUGAGAUACCACGCUACUUACGACACUCAGUUUGAUAUCCAGGAUGAGAUGCUGAUUGCGUUUAACAACAUGCACCUGUUAAAACAGCUGAACAUGGGACUAAAAGAAGAGCUCAAGAUGAAACUGUGGACUUGCAGCUACGAGAAGCUCCAGGAGAUUAUACAAGCAAACGAUAACGCUCUCAAAGAGGAGGAAAUAGCAAUCGCCGCCGGACUGGCAGACAAAAUGGAGCCCUCCAUAGAAAAAUACGUAUUCGAGUUGAGGAAAGCGAAUCCUGAUGUCUCUGCGAGCCAAGUUUUGGGUAUGCUAAUGGAUUACCUGGACAGCAAUAUUAUACUGAUAAGCAGGAUGCAGGAUAAAGGAACUUUGGGCAACAUUGUUGUGAACAUUUGGGGAAAGAUCUGCAUGAAGUUGAAAGACGUUGUGGAAACCAAGCCUGAACUAGAGGAGGAGCAUUAUGAGAGGGUCGGCGAAUCACUCAAGUUUCUGAAGCAUCACUUCCAGAGCAAUCUAGGAGAGAAUGGUGUCCCAGAGGAGAAGUUGAUUGCUGAGCCCGCUUUCACUCAGGUCCUCGAUACGAUAGACUUACAGAAGAUGGACACGACAGAACUCAUCAUUAGACACUACAAAGAACAGAGUGAAGAGAGGGGUGAGCGGAGCACAGGAGCAGGUGUUAUCGACCUCAAACUGUCUCUCAAAGAAAGGAGAGACGGGAAAGCGAUACUGUUUGCCAAGCUACUAGGAGCUCGGGAGCUGAUUGCUCUGGACACCAACGGAAAGAGUGAUCCGUUCAUUCAACUCCAAGUUGUACCUCACCAUUUGUUCCCUGACUGCGAGCUGAAGCAGUCUACUGUUAAGAAAAGCACACUGGAACCUAUCUAUAACGAGAUGUUUGAAUUCAUCAUACCACAAGAUCAAAUCUGCAAUGGAGUUCUGGUUCUCACCGUGUUUGACUACGAUUUUAUCUCUGCUAAUGACUUCGAAGGUGAAGCAAUGGUCAGACUUACUGACCUGCCCAGGAACUCAGAGCAGCACGUCAAAUGGACCAUGGCCCUUCAUCGACCUAAACAAGACUCCAUAUACAAGAUUCUAGCCGGGCGAGUGAAUGACAAGAUCGCAACUAAGUUUGUUGAGAUCAGAAAGAAAGCGAUGGAAGCGGAGGAGUUUAAGUUGGCGGACAGUGGAGCAUCCUCGACCACUGGGAGCAAAGUCAGUCUUGUGCAAAAACACGGAUCCGAGUCCUGAACGACAUCAAGAUAAUUUAUUUCGACUUGAAACGACAAAGUUCCUGAGCUAGUGAGAUAUUGAUUCUGUUGGUAGAAGACACUGUUGAAUGGGAGUUGAGUGUGAUUAACCACUAGUUUAGUAGUCCGCAGCGUUUUUGGCGUCUCAAAAGUCAAAACCACCGAGUUGGACUUGAAUCUCAAUCAUCUUCACGUGAAAGGUGUGAAUUGUGCCACAUGUCAGUAAGGUUAAGUGUCUAUCAUCUGUGCUGCUAAGAUUUAGAAGCUGUGGUCCAAAAAAUCUCUUGCACUUCCAAGAAAAAUUGGUUGAAAUUUUAUAUAGAGUUAGUGAUUAAUAAUGAGUGAUUGUUAUUUCGUAUUUUCUCAACCGGCGUCAUUUAAUGUUAUUUGUAUUUGUUUACAUGAAUUAUAAAUUGUCAUAUAAACGCUCAAUUUUGCCCAGAACAUGUCAUAAAUAUGGACUGGAUUUAAACUUAACAAAGAACGGUUAUUUCUCCAUUAAAAUCAAACCAUGUAAAUAGCGUACUAUUUAACUAUUAAUAUUAUUUAUUUGUUUCGUGUUUAUUUGUUAUUCAUUGACUUGUUAUUUUGCCAAUUUUGUUUUGAUUGCAAUUGUAAAAGCUCUUUCAAACUUAUGCGAAAAAGAGAUUUGUUUGCUUUAUUAUAUUUAUGUUAUUGUAAAUUUCAAUUGAUUAUUUAAAGAUGUGGUCGAA